AUGAUCAAUAGCAGAAGCUUUCCAUACUUCAAAAGCCUCAAAAGCUUUAAAAGCCUUAAAAGCCUUAAACUCACCAACUUUUCAUCACACCCUUUUAGAAUGGUUCAUCACAGAGUUACUAUCAUUGGUUCUGGUCCUGCAGCUCACACUGCAGCGAUCUACCUUGCCAGAGCAGAAAUCAAACCUACCUUGUAUGAAGGUAUGUUUGCCAACGGUGUGGCAGCUGGUGGACAGCUUACCACCACCACCGACAUUGAAAACUUUCCAGGAUUCCCAGAAGGUAUGUCGGGCACUGACCUCAUGGAACGUAUGAAACAACAAUCUGAAAGAUUUGGCACCGAAAUCAUCACGGAAACAGUGGCCAAAGUGGACACUAGCUCCAGACCGUUCAAGCUGUGGACCGAAUUCAACGAGGACGCUGAGCCUCACACCACUGACGCUCUAAUCCUGGCCACAGGCGCGUCUGCCAAGCGUAUGCAUUUGCCAGGCGAAGAUACUUACUGGCAACAGGGUAUCUCGGCUUGUGCGGUUUGUGACGGUGCCGUGCCACUGUUCAGAAACAAGCCGCUAGCCGUUAUCGGUGGUGGUGACUCUGCUUGCGAAGAAGCCGCCUUUUUGACCAAAUAUGGUUCCAAAGUGUACAUGCUCGUGCGUAAGGACCAUUUGCGUGCCUCGACCAUUAUGCAGAGACGUGCCGAGAAAAACGAGAAGAUCGAGAUCCUGUACAACACCGAGGCCCGUGAGGCCAAGGGUGACGGCAAAUUCUUGAAUGCUCUCAGAAUCUUCAACAACAAGACAAACCAGGAAUCGGAUCUACCUGUCAACGGGUUGUUUUACGCCAUUGGCCACACCCCAGCCACUUCGAUUUUGGCUGGUCAAAUUGACCUCCACGAAAAUGGCUACGUCAAGACUGUGCCAGGUACUGCCCUAACAUCAGUGCCCGGUGUGUUUGCAGCCGGUGACGUCCAGGACUCCAGAUACAGACAGGCCGUCACCUCUGCCGGAUCCGGUUGUAUGGCCGCUCUAGAUGCCGAAAAGUUCUUGUCUGAACAGGAUUAA